AUGGAUAACCCUAUGUCAUCCAUCGCUAAUCCUGCCACCAACCAACCCUUUCCAUCCACUGGAGGUUUGGGCACAGGGGGCCAGCCUAUUUCCCCAGUCGCAAACACGAAUGGCGACCAGCAGCUUCCAGUGAAGAGACGACCUGGGCGUCCAAAGGGGAGCACAAAGAAGCAUUUGCUAGGCGAGCCGACAUCACCGAAAAAUAAACGACCAGUUGGGAGGCCGAGGAAGGAUGGGUUGCCAGCUGGCUCGGUGGGGCCAUCCAGGGCGAAAAGGGAACGAAAUCGGUCAGCUCCUCAGUAUGCGCCCCAGUUUGCGGGCGUACCGUAUCCUGUUGGACAAUAUCCGCCCUCUAUCAGCGCCCCGUACAUCCCUCAGCCCGCAUUUCAGAUUGAUCCGAGCCUAGGGGGUGGUGGAAGCGACGAGUGGGCUGACCUCGCACGCUCAAACCCUAAUGCGUUCCUCGGCGUCCUCCUCGCAGCGCUCGCAGCACCCAACCCCGUCUCCAACACUGGCCCCAGCGUCGAAGAGGCGUUCAAAGACCACUUGGUGUCACUCGCCCCCACAGGGCAACCUCAACUGAACCCUAUCCCCUCCCUGUACUCCAUUCUCAAAACCUUCUGGCUGCCUUCGUCGCCUGCUUACUUCUCCCUCACGGCUUCUGCUUCGACUACACGCACCCCCUCGGAGCACCGGUUCUUGUACUGGGACCCGCUGCCGCUAGUGUUCAAUGGGGUAGCAUGCCCCAGCUGUUCUGCGCCGUUGGUGAAUAAUGGCAGGAUCACCUCUGGCCCUGUCAAGGUAUACGAUAUCGAGAAGCCCUUUUUCAUCAUCGGGUGUGAAUACGUAUGUAAAUCUCUCCAAUGCAUCAACGCCACUUCCCCGGAGGGGAGGAAAUACGCGAGCACAGACGGCUCCAUCCUCCGUUCCCUUCCUGCCCGACUAAAAGACGAGUUGCCGGCAUCUCUUUUGUUUGGAGACAACGACACAGGGAGCGGGCCGAAUAUCUGGAACUGGAAGGCGUUGGGCGUGUCGACGACGUUAUGGAACAUGGUCCAGGGAUGUCUGAGCGCGAAUCUGAAAAAAGAGGUCAUAUUGCACUUGAUCUUUUCCGUCCAGGGCGGCGUCGCGAUGCGCGGGGAAGGCGGGGAGGGAGGGGAAGGUGAGCAAAAAGAGGAAGAGGAGGAAGAUGACGAUGGCGAAGAUGACUUGAUUGAGGAUCCCCAGCAGCAGCAGCAGCAACAGGCAGGGCCUUCCGGUGCUUCUUCACAGCAGCAGGAAGGCCCAAGUGAGAGUGGGGGUGGUAACAGUACGUUUCCGGCUGGGGGAUAUGGCAGCGAUACUACGUGGAAGCUUGAUAGCUCAGCAGCUAUGAACGUUCUUGUUAAGACUUCAACACCUGUGGUCGCAGUGCACCAGCAGCCGCAACAGCAACAGGUGGCCCCUGCGCCUCCUAUGCAGGCGUACUCUCAAUAUGGAUACGCUAUCCCGGCACAAUACCCGUUCAUGGUGCAACAGGUGAUGAACGGACAACACAUUCUGUCCUUGGGCACACCCACGCAUGCAGUGCCAUCUGCCAUCGCGACUGAUGCUAUAACUAUAGAUCCAGGCGCGGCUGAAACGCAACAAAAACGCAGCCCGCGACACUGCUGCAAGUGUGGGUCUCAAGAGUGUAAAGGAAAGGGUGGGAGAAGCUUUUGUAUGAACCCCUGUCAGGAUUGUGGGAAGUUGGAUUGUAAAGGCAGGAAUAGCAGGAGGCCGGAUAAGAGGUGUACUGAGGGGUGGGCGUGA